AUGUUCGCUGACAGGAAGACCAGCUACAAGCUGCCGCCAACGACAAUCAUGGAUAGGUUGGUGUCCCAGGAGGCACGGAGAACCAAGGCUUUGGAGGAACAAAAACGUAGGAGAGCGCAGAGGAUCGACUCUACCCGGCAGCUCGACCUUUUCGCGGGUCUGAAUCUUGGUGGUUCGGAUGAAGAGGAGGAAGAGGAGGAUGGAGAACCUACCAACGUCGUGUCGCCAGCUUCUGUUGCUCAAUACGCCUCCAUGCUCGUGCCAGAGUCCCAAGAUCCCAUGCGAAUGAACGCCAUCACGUCCCCCAGCUCUUCGUCUUUCCCCUUACAGCCUGCUGCCAUCAAGCCUCAGGCGCCCGUUGUUCAGGAUCAGCUAGAUCGUCCUGAGACGAAGAAAAAGGCAAAGAAACGCAAAGGCAAGAAGCGGAAUAACAAGCCGAGUAAAUGGGCGGACAAGUGCAUGUACGCAGAACUACUGGAGAUGUCUCCAGAUGUCCCUUGGUCCAUUGGAGACGGUGCUAUCGUUGACGAUGGGCUGCCGAACGACUUGGAGGGUGGCUGGGUGGCUGUUGCACCUGUUCCUGUGGGGAAGAGGUGUCUGGCGGUGACGCAUCAGUCGGCUGGAGUGGCAGGCGUUGUACCCAAUACCACUCUACGGUCGCGACUUUUAGGCAAGACGCUGAUCAAGGCAUUUCCCUCGUCACUUCCACCAAUGACCAUCCUGGACUGCAUCCUGGAUGUAAAUUGGCGCGAUAAUGGCAUUCUGCACGUUCUUGAUGUCGUAAAGUGGAAAGGGCAAGACGUUGCAGACUGUGAAGCGCGUUUCCGGUUCUGGUGGCGGGACACCCGGCUUGGAGAGCUCGCACAAACGGUCCCGCCUUCUACUUCUGUACACAGCAACUUCGUCCCUGUACCGCAAGAGCAAACACUCAAGUACCGCUUUCCCUACCCAACGACCUUCGUCCCAGUACCCUAUCACGCGAACACCUCUUUUGCAAUUCUGGAUACAGAAGUAAUACCAGCGGCGCGUACAGUACGCGAAAUGAGCGUCUCCGUGCCCGUGCCUCCAGAAACAGAAACCCCGAGUGGGAUGGAGGUGGAGCCCAUGCCAAGCGCCUCAGUUCCGUUCACUUUCCAGGCGUCUUUCAAUGGAUCCACGAGCAUCGCGGACCCCAACCAACACGCCGCUCCCCAGCCUAGUUUCCAGUUCAAUGGGCGGGCGACUACGAUGACGACAAGGGUACAGCCAGAUGGCCUACUGUUGUACGUCGCGGAGGCGAGCUAUGAGCCUGGGACGAGUCCUCUGAGUAGCUGGGUGCCUAUUUCGGGAUACGAAGAGCACGGAAGCAUUCCUGGGAUGGAAGCCCCGUUGGAUCUAUUCCAAAGGCUCGUGCAACGGCGUCUGGCAAAACAAAUUGGCGGUGGUGUGUCUGCGGAAGGUGAGGGCGAUGUCGAGAUGGACAUUUGA